AUGUCAUUGUCAUACAGUCAUCAACUAUUAUCUCCUGAUCCUCAUGCGAAACAUAUUGAAGUUCCUUGCUUUAUGCAGAUGCUGAAGAUGGAGCGCAAGGUCCAAUCAGCUAGGCGGCAUGAGUCGAUCUAUUGGCAUUUAGCUUCACAUGGUGUCCCAAAGAGUUUACAUUGUCUUUGCCUCAAACUGGCCGAAGAGUAUGCUGUGAAUGCCAUGGCACGUUCUCAUUUACCUCCACCUGAAUUUGUUUCUCAUCUCACUGAUCCUUCAUUCGAUCACAUCGUUCUUCUAACUGACAAUGUCCUUGCUGCCUCGGUCGCCAUCUCAUCUACCAUCAAGAGCUCAGUCAAGCCAGAGAAAUUGGUGUUCCAUGUAGUGACUGAUAAGAAAACCUAUACUUCAAUGCAUGCAUGGUUUGCAAUAAACUCCGUAAAUUCAGCAGUCGUGGAAGUCAAAGGAUUGCAUCAAUAUGAUUGGCCUCAUGAGGUGAAUGUUGGAAUUCAGGAUAUGCAAGAGAUUCAUCACCUGAUCUGGAGCCAUAAAUAUGACAAUUUGAAGGACAUUGAAUAUAAGGAAGAGCAUGAAAGGAACUUAGAGAUUCUAAACCUCAGCUGUGUUUCCCUUUUGAAUCAUCUGCGCAUAUACAUCCCGGAGCUGUUUCCAGAUUUGAACAAGAUUGUGUUCCUAGACGAUGAUAUUAUAGUGCAACACGACUUAUCAUCUCUAUGGGAAUUGGAUCUCAAUGGGAAAGUUGUCGGUGCGGUUGUUGACUCAUGGUGCGGUCAUGCCUGUUGCCACGGUAGAAAAUACAAGGACUAUUUCAACUUUACAGAGCCAAUUAUAUCUUCAAACUUGGAUCGUGAUCAGUGUGGGUGGUUAUAUGGGAUGAAUGUUUUUGAUCUCCAAACAUGGAGGAAGACCAAUAUCACUGCAAACUAUCAUCGAUGGCUUAAACUUGUGAGUAUUUUUUGCUCAAUUGUUUUAAUAUAUGAAAAUAUAACUAGCAUUCUUUGUUUUGGUAACUCUGAUUUUAUUUUGCAGAACCUCAAUUCUGGAUUGACAUUAUGGCAUCCUGGAGCACUUCCACCUGCCUUGCUAGCGUUCGAGGGUCACGUGCAUACCAUUGAUCCAUCGUGGCAUGUUGCUGGGUUAGGCCAUCGAUUUCCACAAGUUUCCCAACAGGUAUUGGAAGCUGCAUCUGUUAUCCAUUUCAGUGGACCCGCAAAACCGUGGCUUGAGAUUGGGAUCCCUGAGGUACGAAGCUUGUGGAAUCAACAUGUGAAUUUCUCAAAUGAACUUAUUAGAAAAUGUAGAAUAAUAGGGUGA